GUAUAAAAUGCUGUGCAAGUUACAUGAUUCACGCAAUACAAUCAUAUACAAGAUUAUUUCAGUGGAGUUUGGAUUAUUUUCAAUUUUAAAAGAUGUUUUGGUUAAUAUUUGGAGCUGUUGUUGCUUUAGUAGGUUUUAUUUAUUUUAACCAGAAGAAAAAUGAAGACUUCUGGAAAAAAAUUAUGGCAAUGCCCGGGCCCAAGGAUUUUCCGAUAGUGGGAACAGAAUAUAGUUUAGAUUCUGCAGAGCAAAUAUUUGAUAACGAGAGGAAGUAUCAUAAAUUGUAUGGUCCAAUAUUCAAAAGAUGGUCCUUCAAUUCGGCUUAUGUCAGUUUAUCUAAUCCCGAGGAUAUUGAGUUGCUACUUACUAAUAGCAAACAUCUUGAAAAAGACGACAGCUAUGAUUUUCUGCACACCUGGCUAGGCCAAGGGUUAUUAACUAACAGAGGAGAAAAAUGGCACAAAAGAAGGAAGAUCCUUACACCUGCCUUCCAUUUCAGCAUUUUGCAGGAUUUUGUAGAAAUAUUUAAUAAAGAAAUUAAUCAUCUUGUAACGAAUAUAAAAAAAUCUUACGAUAAACCAUACAUUGACGUCGUCAAACCAAUAACAGAAUUCACAUUAUACUCUAUUGGAGAGACAUCAUUUGGAAAAGAUUUGCGGGAUGAUCCAAAAUGUGAAGUAUACAAACAAGCUGUUUACGAUUUUGGAGAACAGUUUAUUUAUAGACUAAUGCGCCCGUGGCUCCAAUCCUCCUUGUUGUUCAAUUCGACUAAAGUUGGCAAACAAAGUCAAAAAACUGUCAGUACACUACAUAACUUCACCAAUAAUAUUAUUAGAGAGAGAUACAUAACUUUGGACAAGGAACAGGAUGUCCAAUUUGCCAAAAAGCGCUUAGGUCUGCUGGACUUAAUGAUUAAAGCAAAAUAUAAUGGAGCUGCUAUAGAUGAUAUAGGAAUUAGGGAGGAAGUAGAUACUUUUAUUUUUGCUGGACACGAUACCACAGCUGUAGCUUUAGGUCAUAUUUUGAUGAUCUUAGCAAAUGAACAGGAAACUCAGGAAGAAAUAUAUCAAGAAAUACAAGCAGUGGUCGAAGAUCCAAAUAAAUUAACUUAUGCAGAACUUGGGGAAAUGAAAUUUGUUGAAAGGUGUAUUAAAGAAGGCUUAAGACUAUAUCCAAGCGCCCAUAAUAUUUCAAGAAUAGCAGGAGAAGAUAUUCACACCAAAACUGGUUAUAUCAUUCCAAAGGGAUGUAGUGUGGAUAUAUCAAUUUAUGACCUACAUCGUAAUCCCGAGGUAUGGGAAAAUCCUGAAAAAUUCGAUCCUGACAGGUUUUUACCUGAGAAUAUAUCUAGCAGACACCCAUAUGCUUAUAUCCCGUUUAGUGCUGGUAGCAGAAAUUGUAUAGGUCAGAAAUAUGCCAUGUUGGAGUUGAAAGCAGCAGUUUGUGGACUGAUACAAAAUUUUAAGCUGGAUCCUGUUACAAAACCGUCAGACAUGAAAUUUAAGGCUGACAUUGUACUCAGAGCAGUCAAUGAAAUUAGAGUUAAGUUUGUUCCUAGAAAAUAGUCUUUGAAUAGUAUUUACAUAAAAUGUGUAUGUCUGUGUGUAAAGCCUUGUCUCUUAACAUUUUUCGAAAUAUUUGUUUAUUUUUAGUAUAAUGUAUGAACUAGGUACCUAAAAUAAAAAUAUUGUAACGAAUACGGUUAUUUCGGCCCUACUCCGAAUAACGGUUCCAACUCGACAUACCGGCAUACUCUAGAGACAUCCACCGACGAACAGCCGACGCGCGACGUAUGAGAAGCGGCCAAGCCAUGCGAUGACUAGAGGUGAGGGGAUCAUUCUCGAAUUUUCGAGAAAUAACGUAUUAUAAUAUAAAUAGGAACACUGUUGUUAGUAGAGUUAGUUAUUAAGAUAAUUAGGUAGUACGAACUGUACAUUUCUAAAAUAAAUAGUUUUAUAUAAAUUCA